AUGCAAGCCAUCAAAUGUGUAGUUGUCGGUGAUGGUGCUGUUGGAAAAACUUGUUUACUUAUCAGCUACACGACAAAUGCUUUCCCCGGUGAGUACGUCCCAACUGUCUUCGACAACUACUCUGCCAACGUAAUGGUUGAUGGAAAACCUGUUAACCUUGGUUUGUGGGAUACGGCUGGUCAGGAGGAUUAUGACAGACUAAGACCACUUUCAUAUCCCCAAACUGAUGUAUUUUUGGUGUGCUUUUCCUUAAUCAAUUCUACAUCAUUCGAAAAUGUUCGUAGCAAAUGGUAUCCGGAGAUAUCCCAUUAUGCCCCAAGGACUCCGAUUAUUCUUGUUGGAACGAAAUCGGACCUCCGUUCUGAAAAUGAAGGUAUAAAAUCCCAUCAGUCAUCAAUAUCCCAUGCGCAGGGUUUGGUUAUGGCAAAAGAAAUUGGAGCCCGAAAAUAUAAAGAAUGUUCUGCUCUAACUCAGGCUGGAUUAAAAGAGGUCUUCGACGAAGCUAUUCGAGCAGUACUGCUGCCUCAAAAACAGAAAAAGAAACGUAGUGGAUGUGAAUUAGUUUAA